CUCCGAUCUGACUUUCUUUCGGCCUCAACCUCUCUCUCCUCUCGAGCUCUACGACACUCCGCACCACCCCGAUGCGCCCAACACCUCUUCUCCGCGGCGCCUCGCGGCUGCCACUCACGACCAAACGCGCGAACAAAGACUACUACAAGGGCACGCGCCAGUCGUACGUCCCGGGCGGCGGACACCGUACCGGCCCGCCGGGCAAGCACGUCGUGAAUGGCACAGCAAAGUAUCGCGUAUUGGACGAGGAGGUGCGAUACUAUGUCGGGCCCGGGAUCGAUGUGUUGCAGAAGACCAGUCUCAAACCCUACGUCGCAGCCCACACCCCGCUGGCACAGAACGCGCCCAAGCUCCCCUCGUUCGCGCCCAAGCCGCCCAAGCGUCUCGGCGUGCAGGGACGAAAGGCGUGGAGCAAGGCGUACGCCGAGCUCGGCAUUAACGACCGCGCCGCCCUCAUCCAGGACGCACGCCGGAACUGGUUCCAGGCGCUGAGCGCGCAGUUCGGGCCUCGCGUCAAGGCUAGCAAGGAGGGCAAGGAGGGCAAGGCAGCCGUCUCGGGACCUGUCGACCCCACGGCGGGCGGAGAGGCGGUCAAGGCAUAGAGCAUGUAUUCAUCACACUUCUGCGUUCACGAAGGGAUAGUUAGUGACCGG